AUGGCAAUGGCGUCGUCAUCGGCGUACCCUCCGCCGCCUCCGUUUUACCGGCUGUACAAAGAUUUUGAGCAGGACCCCUCGUCUGCACCGGAACCCCCAUCGUCGAUCAAUGGAGCGUAUCAACUCUUCGGCGCUACCUACACAACUGAUGUGGUGCUCCCAAGUCUGGAGGAUCAAGGUGUUCGGCAGCUCUAUCCAAAGGGCCCAGAUAUCGACUUCAAGAAGGAACUAAGGACACUCAACAGAGAGCUCCAACUCCAUAUCCUGGAGCUAGCAGAUAUUCUAGUGGAGAGGCCAUCUCAGUAUGCUCGCAAGGUCGAAGAUAUUUCGCUCAUUUUCAAGAACCUGCACCACAUUCUUAAUUCCCUACGACCACACCAGGCAAGAGCGACAUUGAUUCACCUUCUUGAGAACCAGAUACAGCGUCGUAAGCAACCAAUUGAAGAUAUAAAACAGAGGAGAGAGGAGGCACAGAGGCUGCUUGGGGAAUCACUGGUUAUUAUAGAUGGAAGCCAGCAGGUUAUGACUCCAAUGUGA